AUGAAUUCAAACAGUUUCAACUUAAGCUCAACCGAUUCCUCUUCAUCUUCAUCUAACUCGGAUGAUGAGGGAAGGGAGCUUAGAGUUCAACAACAUAAUGAAGUGUGUCUUAUGAUACAACACGUAAUGCAUGAGUACAUUCCACCAAUUAUUCAAGCUGCCACUCAGCAACGCCGACGCAAAUCUACUGAGCCCCGAAAGGAUAGGGGACGCGAAGAAGGUCAUGCACGGUUAUACAAUGACUAUUUCGCGGAAGUCCCAGUUUAUCCAAGUUCCUUGUUCCGGUGCCGGUUUCGAAUGCGUAAACAUGUGUUUGAGCGCCUUCUCAACGCAGUGACCCAACAUGACCCUUGGUUUCAACAAAGGCGAGAUGCGGCAGGUCGUCUUGCGUUGUCUCCACUUCAAAAGUGCACUGCGGCCGUUAGACAACUAGCUUACGGGUGUGCUUCAGACGCUUGUGAUGAUUAUGUCCGUAUAAGUGAGGCUAGUUCACGAUUGGCACUCCAAAAUUUUACAGAAGGUGUCAUCAACCAGUUCGGUGAUCAGUACCUACGCCGUCCAAACAUCGCAGAUAUGGAAAGAUUUCUACGUAUUGGGGAAGAACGUGGAUUUCCUGGCAUGAUAGGCAGCAUUGAUUGUAUGCACUGGGAGUGGAAGAACUGUCCACACGCAUGGAAGGGGCAGUAUCAAGGAAGAGCAGGAGUUUCAACUCUCGUACUGGAGGCAGUUGCGGACAGAGAUCUAUGGAUAUGGCAUUCGUUCUUUGGGAUGCCAGGUAGCUGCAACGAUAUUAAUGUGCUUCAUCGAUCCCCUGUAUGGGCUACUUUUGUGAAAUCCAUUACGAGUCCACAAGCUCGUAAGGAUCGUUUAUUCGCAAAACACCAGGAAGCUGCAAGGAAAGACGUUGAACGCGCAUUUGGGGUCCUUCAAGCUCGUUUUGCCAUUAUUAAAAAGCCGUCUUUGGCGUGGGAUACCGACAUACUCCACAAUAUCAUGCUCGCCUGCAUCAUAAUACAUAAUAUGAUCGUUGAAGAUGAACGAGAGACAUAUCAAAAUAACGUUAAUACCAAUGACUUUAUGAAUGCUGGAGGCAACGCUAAUGAGGACACUACCGAGUACCGUACUGAUCGUAUUGUGGAUAUCGGCUUAUACUUGACUCGUAGAACAGAGAUUGAGGAUCAACAAACUCAUUUGCAGCUAAAAAAUGACUUGGUCGCACAUAUAUGGAAUAAAUUUGGUAACAACGAGAACUUACGCAAUUAG